AUGUUUAGAUCUUUCAAGCUUGCUAUUUGGUUGCUUCUCUCCCAAACCAUCUUUGGAGGUGCCGUCACCUAUGAAGACGCGCUCUCAAAUAUGUUGGUCGGAAACAUCACCGUUAAUCAUGGUCAAAGUGCUCUAAUUGAAUAUUAUAAACCUGGACCUUUUGAAACCUCUCUUGACGCGUCUUUAGUGUCUCUCAACAACGGGAGGGUUGUAUCAGACGCUAUUGAACUGUACAAUUAUGCCAUUGCCGGCGAAAAGUGGGGUGACGCUGCGUUUUUCAAAAUGUUCAUAAGCUACAACGGCCAAGCACACGACUAUUUGACCAGCGAAGACGUAGCCAAUGACUUUUCGACGCUCGCUGCGGGAAAUCAAACUGUGAUCGACACUUGGAUAAAGACUACCACCAAUGAGAAACUUGCCGAGUUGUAUGCUCACCUUCCAGAGUUUGGUUCGAGCAGUUAG